AUGAUUGCCGACUCGUCCUCUCUUCCAGGAAACGUUCGCGUCUCAUCCAAUCCGUUUGUCCAGACCAAGGUCAACCAUCUUCGCGACCGUAAGGUGAACAGUGCUGGCGUACGAAUUACCACCGCUGAGAUUUCACGCAUCCUGGCCGUCGAAGCAACUAAAGAUGCGAACCCCACAGAGAAGGUUGGGUUGAUAGUUGUCUUACGCUCUGGGUUAGCGAUGUGCGAUGCAUUCUUGUCACAAUUCUCCCCAGACGCAGACGUUGUCGUUUACCACAUCGGCAUGUUCCGCGAGCGAGCGUCCCUGCAGCCAGUCGAAUAUUAUAACAAGCUUCCGAACACCAAUCCAGAUAUCAAGCGAGUAUACAUAGUGGAUCCGCUGGUUGCAACAGGUGGCACUUCAGAAGCUGUCAUUGAGAUCUUGAGAGACUGGGGAGUUGAACAUAUUACCUUUGUUUGCAUCCUUGCUAGCAAAACUGGCCUUGAGAGAGCGGCUGCUGUAUGGCCAGAAGGGACAGACUUCGUGGUGGGUGCCAUUGAUGAAGGCAUUGACGAGAAGGGGUUCAUUGUGCCUGGGAUAGGUGACAUCGGUGACCGAUUAUUCGGGACUGGUGAUUCGAAAUAG